AUGAACCAAAACACAGUUAAAAGUUCUGUAGUUAUUCCAGUUCAGGAUAUUGAAAUUACCAAACGUAUUGGUGAGGGAGGUUACGGAAAUGUCUAUAAAGGACUCUGGGUCAAUACUGAAGUUGCCAUUAAAUCAUUGAAAACUGCAGAAGGAAGUUUUGAAUUUGAAAAGGAAGCUGCCAUUCUUUCAAGACUCAGACAUCCAAAUAUUGUCUCAUUCUAUGGUGUCUGUAUUACCGAGACCUCAAAGUAUAUGAUUACAGAGUUUGUAAAGAAGGGAAGCUUGGACAAGAUUAUUUACAAAUGCAAGCAAAAUAUUGAAUUUUUAUCAUUGAAGGAAAAGAUUAAUAUUUUAAUUGGAGUGAGUAAUGGAAUGAAUUAUUUACACUCCCUUCAACCCUCAGUGAUUCACAGAGAUUUGAAACCAGCUAAUAUUCUUUUGGAUGAAUCCAAUAAUUGUAAGGUGUGUGAUUUUGGUUUGGUCAAAAUCAUUGGAAACAAUCAAUUACAAACUUCAAUGACUGUCAAUGUUGGAACUUUGUUUUAUAUUGGAAAUGAAGGUCUACAGGGAUCAUCUACAAAGAUUACACACAAAGUUGAUGUCUACUCAUUUGGAAUUGUCAUGUAUGAAUUAUACUUUUUGGAAAAUCCAUAUCUGAAUGCAGCUAGCUCUAAAAUUCACCAUUUCAGAAAGGCAACUUGUGAAGAUCAACCAUAUACAGUUCCAAUGAAAGUUUUAAAUAAUGAAAGACCAAUUAUACCAUUUAGAAAUGACGAGGAGUUGCAUGAGUGGAUGAAUGUGUAUGGACAAGAAACUAGCGCUCCAUUUUCAGUACUCAAAUCGGUCACUGAAGAUUAUACGAAACUCAUGCAACAGUGUUGGGAUAUGGAUCCAAGUAAUAGACCAGAAUUUUCCGAUAUUUCCAAACAACUCAUUCAAUUAAGAGAUAAAUUAAGUUUCUAA